CGCGGACGCUGCCCGCCCCGCCCGCAGGGCCGCGUGACCUUCCCCGACGUGGCCGUGUACUUCUCCGCGGAGGAGUGGAGGCUCCUGGACGAGGCCCAGAGGCGCCUGUACCACGACGUGAUGCUGGAGAACUUCGCCCUGACGGCCUCUCUGGGAGAAGGACCUUAUCCAUGCAACGAAUGUGGGAAAUCCUAUACCCGAAGAAAUUAUCUUACCAUACACAAGAGAAUUCACACAGGAGAAAGGCCUUAUCAGUGCAGUGAGUGUGGGAAAUCGUUUUCAAGUGGUUCCCAACUCAGUAGUCAUCUGAGAGUACACACAGGAGAAAGACCUUAUCCAUGCAGUGAAUGUGGGAGAUCUUUUACCCGAAGAAAUUAUCUUAUUUUACACCAGAGAAUUCAUGCUGAAGAAAGCCCUUAUCACUGCAGUGAAUGUGGGAAAUCUUUUACUGGAAGAAAUAAUCUUACUAUACACCAGAGAAUUCACACAGGAGAAAGCCUUUAUCAGUGCAGUGAAUGUGGGAAAUCCAUUACCGGAAGAAAUAAUCUUACUAUACACCAGAGAAUUCACACAGGAGAAAGACCUUACCAAUGCAGUGAAUGUGGGAAAUCUUUUAGCAGGAAAUCGAGAAUGGUUCGACACCAGCGAGUUCACACCGGAGAAAGGCCUUAUCAGUGCAAUGAAUGUGGGAAAUCUUUUACCCAAAGAGAUUAUCUUAUUAUCCACCAGAGAAUUCACACAGGAGAAAGGCCUUACCAGUGCAGUGAAUGUGGGAAAUCGUUUUCAUGUCGUUCCAACCUCAGUAACCAUCAGAUAGUUCACACAGGAAAAAGACAUUAUCAGUGUAGUGAGUGUGGGAAAUCUUUUAGCAGGAAGUCAAAAAUGGUUCAACACCAGAGAGUUCACACAGGAGAAAGGCCUUAUCAGUGCAGUGAAUGUGGGAAAUCAUUUUCAUGUCGAUUCAACCUCAGUAAUCAUCAGAUAGUACACACAGGAGAAAGGCUUUAUCAGUGUAAUGAGUGUGGGAAAUCUUUUAGCAGGAAGUCGAAAAUGGUUCGACACCAGAGAGUUCACACUGGAGAAAUGCCUGAGUGCAGUAAAUGUGGGAAAUCUCUUAAUGUUGUUCUACUUUGUUACCAUCAGAGAGUUCACACUAGAGAAAGGCCUUAAAUGUGCUGGGAAUGGGCAACUUUUCCAAGUAACAACCCUGGAGGAAACUGUUUUGAGGAACCAUCUGUUUGUAUUGAAAGUCAUAUACCUGAAUAUGCAUAGUGGGGAGAUCCCCAUAGUUUCAUUUAUAUGGGAAGCAUGUGUAAUGUGUUAUACUUCCUGACUUGCCCAUGGGUCUUCCUAGGUUUAAGUUGCAACCUAUGCAUGUGGAAAAUGCAAUUUAAAUGGACACUGUCACCUGGCCUGAAUGGCUCAGCAGUUGAGCAUUGAUCUAUGAUCCAGGAGAUCGAGGUUCGAUUCUUGGUCAGGGCACAUUCCCAGGU